GGACAAGCUUUCCAAGUUGGGGGCUCGCGAGCUCGAGCUGCUGCUGCCAUGCUCCUUCGGCCAGCUCUGCCAUUCUUCGGUGGAAAUUAGUCCGCCGCGAUAUCCGCUAUGCGUGCCCGAGUUCGGCGAAUGGAUAAGAAGUCGACAUCGCCUGCUGCUAUCACUGAAUAGCUAACUGAGUCUCAAGACUGGAAAUAACAUUACAGCGCCAAGAACAAGCAGAGCAUCAGCCACUGCUUCGAUCUCGCGAUCACGACAGACCAUUGGCAACCACAAACCUCAAGCACAUCAGCAGACUUCGAACUGAAACUCUGCAACAUGGCAACCAACGGCCACUCCUCGCAAAGCCCAAAAGUCCCUCCUCCUGGCAUCUGGGCCCCAGCCGUAACGUUCUUCGACCCGGUCACCGACGAACUUGAUCUCGCGUCCCAAAAGAAAUACUACUCUUACUUAUCCCAACACCUCGCCGGCCUCGUAAUCCUCGGCACCAAUGCCGAGACCUUCCUCCUCACACGCCAGGAACGUGCUGCACUCUUGCGCACUGCCCGCGAAGCUGUCGGACCUGACUACCCCAUCAUGGCAGGUGUGGGCGGCCACUCGACGAAGCAGGUUUUGGAAUUCAUUCAGGAUGCUGUAGAAGCCAAAGCGGACUCCGUACUGGUAUUGCCUUGUGCGUAUUUUGGAAAACAGACGACCAUGAAGGUUGUCAAAGACUUUUAUGGCGAGAUUGCAGAAAAGAGUCCUUUGCCGGUCGUGAUCUAUAAUUUCCCUGGUGUUUGUAAUGGAGUGGAUUUGGAUUCGGAGACGAUUGCCGAGCUGGCGAAGAAAUACAAGAACAUCGUCGGAACGAAGUUGACAUGUGCCCAAGUCGGCAAAAUCACUCGUCUCACAUCGCACUUCCCAUCGACGGAGUUUGCCACAUAUGGUGGGCAAUCCGACUUCCUCAUCGGCGGUCUCGCUUCCGGAUCCGCGGGCUGUAUCGCAGCAUUUGCCAACAUCUUUCCCAAAACUGUUUCUCACAUCUACAAGCUGUGGACGUCUGGCAAGACCGAGGAAGCUUUGCGUAUUCACCGCAUUGCAGGCCGAGCGGAGAACUUCAGCAAGGCCGGAAUUGCAAACACGAAGUACGCGGUGAGUUUGACGAGUGCAAAGUAUGCGGGAAUUGAGGGUGCGGAGGAGAAGUUGAAGCCGAGAAAGCCUUACGAGGAGCCUAGUGACAGUACCAAGGCGGAUAUCAGAAAGAUAAUCGAGGAGAUGGUGAAGAUUGAAGAGUCGCUAUAGAGACAGUAAAGGCGUGGUCAUCAGGGAGUAGAGGAAUAUUCAUCGAGAAGAUCGUGGCGAUAGAAGUGGUCCAGAUGUCUUGCAGCUUGUUCAUAAUGAGAAAUGAGAACCACGAC